CUUAGCAAAGUAUCUUCAGUCUGAAUCAAGACCUCAAAGUGAUCACAACUCCUAAGAAUCUUUAAAGAAAGCUUAUACAAAAAGACACUAUCUAAAGUUUAUAAAAAAAGCUUAGAAUACAAAAAGAUAAAAAAACAAACAAGUGCUUUAAAAAAAAAAUUAAAAAAAAACUUUUAAGUGAUUUAAAUCUGCAAUACAAAAAACAAACAAACAAACAAAGCUAAAAAUGUCGUGCUUAAAAGUUAGUGCAGUCCUCAGUGCUCUCAUCAUCGUUUUUGCAAUCAGUUAUACAAACGCUGCUGUUUUCUCUCAACCCGCUUACUUCCAUCCUGUAUAUCCUGGUAGAUGUUAUGACAAAAUUACCCAUACAUUAAUGUUGCCCAACAAAGAAUACAAACCAAAAGGAAUUUGUGCAGCAUUAACAUGUGAUAUUGAACAAAUGACAAUCAAUAUUGAAACAUGUCCCUAUAUGGAUAUGCCAGAAUGUGAAGAACUCAAAACCGAUCCAUCAUGGGGAUUCCCCAAGUGUUGUCCUCAAUAUGUUUGUAAAGAUUUUAAAACUGGUGAAGAUGUCAUAUUUUCGGCAUAAUUUUGACAGUGACAUUACAAA